AUGGCCCCAUGGAGCCGAGAGGCAGUGCUGAAUCUCUAUCGGGCUCUGUUGCGCCAAGGCCGAGAGCUUCGCUACACUGAUCGAGACUUCUAUCUUUCUACCAUCCGCCGUGAGUUCCGGAAGAAUCAGAAGCUAGAGGAUCCUGAGGCCCGGGAGAGGCAGUUGGAGAAGGGCCUGGUCUUUCUUCACAGCAAACUGGGAGGGAUUAUUUAG